AAGAAGAAGAAGAAAAGUGUGGUGACUCACAGGGUGUGUCUCCACAGGUUGUUACUUUAUGUUUCUACAGAUACAGGACUCAACAAAUAUUCACCAGCAGACCAAACUCCACAGAGACAGACCACAGCCACAGCUUCUGCAGAGACUGUCUGCAGACCUGGUGGAGAGAGAAACCUGUACAGGAGUGUCCAGUUUGUAAGGAAAUACCUUUGAUGAGUGAUCCACCUCGUAACCUGGCAUUAAAGAACCUGUGUGAGACCUUCUUACUGAAGAGAGAUCAGAGAGCUUCAGUAAAAUCUGAGGUUCUCUGCAGUCUGCACUCUGAGAAACUCAAACUCUUCUGUCUGGACCACCAGCAACCAGUGUGUGUCAUCUGCAGAGACUCUGAAACACACACCAACCACAGAUUCAGACCAACUGAUGAAGCUGCACAGGAUUUUAAAAAGGAGCUUCAAGAAGCCCUGAAGCCUUUACAGGAGAAACUGAAGGUCUUUGAACGUGUUAAAGAAAACUGUGAUCAAACAGCAGAACACAUUAAAGUCCAGGCCCAACACACAGAGAGACAGAUUAAGGAGCAGUUUAAGAAGCUUCACCAGUUUCUGCAAGAGGAAGAGGAGGCCAGGAUCACUGCUCUGAGGGAGGAAGAGGAGCAGAAGAGUCAGAUGAUGAAGGAGAAGACUGAGGCUCUGAGCAGAGAGAUAGCAGCUCUUUCAGACACAAUCAGAACCACAGAGGACGAGCUGAGAGCUGAAGACGUCUCAUUCCUACAGAACUACAAGGCAGCAGUGAAAAGAGUCCAGCAGCGCCCCCUGCUGGAUGAUCCACAGCUCGUCUCAGGAGCUCUGAUAGACGUGGCCAAACAUCUGGGCAACCUGACCUUCAACAUCUGGAACAAGAUGAAGGAGGUGGUCUCCUACACUCCUGUGAUUCUGGAUCCAAACACUGCUCAUCCAGAACUCAUCCUGUCUGAAGAUCUGACCAGUGUGAGACAUGGACUGAGACAGAAACUUCCUGAAAACCCUGAGAGGUUUGAGCUUCAUCGUGUUGUCCUGGGCUCAGAGGGUUUUAACUCAGGGACUCACUGCUGGGAUGCUGAGGUUAUGGAUGAACAGUAUUGGGCUCUGGGAGUGAUACAGGAAUCUGUCCAGAGAAAGGAAAAAAUACUGACUGGAUUCUGGGAAAUUUGUCUCUCUGAUGGAAAAUACACAGCAGGCUCUCCACCUCUUCCAUCUAAAGUUCUCCCAGUGAAAAACCUUAAGAGGAUCAGAGUUUGUCUGGACUUUGACAAAGGAAAACUGUCAUUUUAUGAUCUCGAUGCAAACACACACAUACACACCUUCAAACACACUUUCAGUGACAGGGUGUUUCCAUACAUUGACACCCUUAAAAAACCUUCAAAUAAGAUAUUACCAGUGACAGUCUCUGUAACAGUGGAACAGCCGACUGUGUCAAAAGGCUUCUGGUCUGAUUUCCGGUCUUAGUUCGUCAUGCUAUAUAUAGUUAUUGUCAGGUAAAAAGAACAGCCAACUUUUGGCUUCUAAAUUGGUUGGAAACAAAAAUCUUUUAUGAAAUUUGAAAUAGCUUGAACUUUUUGUCCUUUUAUAUCCAAAGAUGUUCAGCACAGGACAAAUGUCUGUAACUGAAUGAACAUCCUGGAUAUUUCCUGUUCUUCUGCAUUCACAACAUGAUCACACAAUACGUCACAAACGAUGUGGAGUUGACAGCAGAGCAGCUUGCUGGGUGUUACUGUGUGUUUUGAAUUGUUUUAAAUAGAUUUUUUUUUCUUUCAGUCUUUGUAAGUGAAAGUGAAAUCAUUCUCAGUGUUGGUGGAUGAUGGAAUUGCUUUUGCAUUUUGUUUAUGAAUUUGUGAUUUUGUAACAAUAAAAACUUAAAGUACAUUAAACUUUAGAGCUGCAGUAAUUUGACAACUGUUUUGUUCAUCAAUUAAUCUUUUUAAAGUGAAAAUGUUAAACCCUCCCCAGUUUCCGCUUUUCAUUUGUGAGAAUUUGCUGCUGCCAAAAUGGGGCUAAUAGCAGCCAGUCAGGGCAACUGGGAAAGACAGGACCAGGAACACUAAAACCAGCAGAGUAUAGACAGAGCCAUGAAGAGGUGGACGGAGCCUGGCAGGACCCAAACGAGGCUGACAACUGCUGGUCAAAGUAACUGGACUAAACAGAACCAGGUAGGACCAAACAGGACUGAACAGAGCAGAGAUGGACAGCAUU